AAGAUGAAAGAGGCGAACGUGAGUGUCUUUCGGAAGGCAGCGUACAUGGAAGAAGAACUCCGAAAGGCCAAACAACGCAACGUCGAGUUAGAGCGCAGCAUUUCACUUGCUGAGAAGACAAAGGAUGACGCCGUUAAAGCGUCGCAGACGUUUAAAGAGAAGACGGAGGAAGCGACUAAACAGUCGACGGAGUUUCAGAGUAAGAAGGAUGAGAUAGAGAAAGAGCUUCAAAAGAUCCUUUCGGAGAAGGAAGUGAUGAAGAUACAAGUAGAGAUGAAGCAGAAUGAGUUACAGUAUGUGAAUGAAUUGAACAAAACGUAUCAAGAGAAGAUGACUGACUAUCGCAAUAAGACUUCCGAGUUAGAAGAUACCAUUUCAAAGCAAUCAAAGAAAUUAAAUUCAUUGGAGAGAAAGGCGGAGAGGUUGGAGAAAGACCUCGAAGAGGAGAAGGCAAACAACGGAGAAACCAUUUAUAACUUAAAAGAAAAGAUCCGAGCGUACGAACACGACAUCGUCUCUUUGAAAAGUGACGUGCAAAUGAAAGACGAGAAAUUGGAGACCAUCGCACAUGACAAUAAAACACAGAAAGAGCAGAAGAGUGAGGAGAGUGUCAGUGUUUUCGAAAUACAACGAGAGUGUCAGACAAAGAUCGACGAGUUACAGAAAGUGAUGAGUCAACGCGAAAAUAGUGCACAAGAGGAUCAAGAGAAGUAUCGCGAAUUAAUGACCAAAUUUGUGAACAUCUCUGGGGAGAACAAGAAGAUCAAAAAGGAGAAAGAGACUCUUGAAAUGGAGAGAAAGGAGAUGAUGAAGGAGAUGAAUAGCAAAAAGGAGAAACUUGAACGCGCGAAAAAGGAGAACGACGAACUCAAAAUGGAGAAAAGGAAACUUGUGGAACAACUGCAUUCAUCGCCAUCACCUAUGAUCGUCUUCGACAAGAAAGUCGAAGAGACGAUUCAGAGGGAGAUCGAAAAGACAAAAGGGAACAGCGUGAAUGACAAAGUCGAGAAAAUUGAUAUCAAGACGGAGGACAUUGAACUUCCGAUCGCUUCAAAUACUUCGCUGGAAGAUGCGAUGCUCAGCCAGACGAAAUCAAAAUUAUUCGAAUUGAAAUUUGGGAGAGCUUCAGACGAGGAAACGCGACGACUUAGAAUCGAAGUUGAUCAGAUGAGUAUGGAGAAGAAAGAGUUCAAUUCCCUCUUAGCAGACCUCCGGACGAAAUUGAAAGAGUCACAAGACGAAGCGAGUAAAUGGAAAGAAAUUGCGGUCUUAAAAGAUGUCGAACAGAGUAAGACAGUGAAGCAGAGUGAUGGGGGAUGGUUUUCGUCGUGGUGGAAGUCCGAGUCGGAUGAACUUAAUAUGAUGAAAAAAGUCGUGGAAGAGUCUUUAAAGAGAAACAUUGAGUUGCAAACGCAGCUUGAAGCACUUCAGAAACAAUUCAAGGGCGAGACUAAAACCGUUGUAAUAGAGACACAUUAG